AUGUUUCAGUUUCUGAAGGGAUUACCACCAUCUCGGUCAAAUCCUUUCACGAUUGAGCUAGAUCUGGGGACAUCACCGAUAUCUAAGACGCCUCCAGCAGAGUUAACAGAUCCGAAGAAGCAGAUAGAGGACCUUUUGAGUAAAGGUUUUAUUCGGCCGAGUGUUUUGCCGUGGGGAGCGCCAAUGGUGUUUAUGAAGAAGAAGAAGGAUGGGAGUUUUCGGAUGAGCAUCAAUUACCGGCGACUUAACCGAGUUACUCUGAAGAACAGUUACCCUCUCUUGAGGAUUGAUGAAUUGUUGGAUCAGUUGAGGGGUGCUACUUGGUUCUCCAAGAUAGACUUGGCAUCGGGUUAUCAUCAGAUACCGAUAGAUGAGGCAGAUGUUCGUAAAACGUGA